AAGUAUCGAGGGUUCCGUGCGCAUCACAUAAGGGUGUUACGGAGGGGGAUGGUGGGAGGGAAGGUCGUGAUCACGGCGAAGAGGAUGUGGAAGGACCCCAUUGGAGGACGGAACUUUGCGCCAUGCUGGACAUAGCCAUUGGAGCCAUAGAACAUGGAUGCAUAGAACGUAUGGGGUCACUGGAGUUGAAGCUGCCCAUGGUGGAAAUAGCCAUUGAUAUCCUCCGCCCAUGCUGGAAAUAGCCAUCAGAACUUGUGGCUAAUAUGGAUCCAGAGUCACUGGGCUGGAACUUGCCAUCAUGGGGUGACACUAUCAAGUACCAGGAGCAGCAAAAAAGGCUCAAUCCAUUCCAACAUCCCAAAUAUGAGGGAAUAACGCAUAUAUGCAAGGGGUAUUAUGGACGAUGCUCCGAGGAUGGGUUCCAUCCAAUUUUGCAGCUCUACACAUUGCAGGACAAAGAGGGUCAGCUUGUGGAAGAAGAAAGGUUGGAGUCCAUAAGAGUUCGCGAGAAAGGGAAAGAGAGGCUGGCACGGGGUGAUUCGCACCUCUGGAGUACUAGUCUUAAAGUCAAGGGUUUGAACCCUGAUGGGGGGGAUUAUCCUGCAUUUCCGACACAUCAUGAUGAGAUGAAGAACUACGGGCUGACAAUGCGAAAGCGGAUUACACCACAUUCAGUGAGAUUGAGGACGAAGCCCGGUGAGCCUCCACUCCAUCUGCAUAGACCAGUAACUGAAGAGGAGUUGAGAGCAGUUUGGGAGGAACACAAGAGGAGAGUAGAACAGAGACAGGCAGUCAGACCGCCCAGGGAAUUCAAUGUGCUCUCUAACAAGUACUGGCUGAAUGAUGAAGAGCGCUUGAACCAAGAUAUGGAUAGACAAAGGGAGAUUGCAAAGCAGAGGUGCAAAAAGUACUUGGUCUUCAACCCUCUCCUAUGCAGAAAUUACGAGGGGGAAAGUCCUGAGGAGUACUUCGCACGGAUGCAAGCACUUCAAGCCGAAUAUCGAGAGAACAAGUUUAACAGGUGGCCAAUUCCGAUCCGACGUCAUAUAAGGAGCAGAUACGAUGUGAUCAAUGGAGAAGUGAAGGACCCUGAUUUUGAAAGGGAAGAGAAAGCCAAGAUCGAGAGAGAACAAAGAGUGUUCGAAAGACGGAGGAAGCUACGGGUGCCGAAGGGGAAUCCGCCGACGGGUGAAUUCGGCUUGGGCUUUGGGAAAUCUACUAAAUCAAGGCCUCCACCACCAAGGUUAUACCCUCUCUUGGAGCACAUGGGGCCUUGCGAUCCCAAAGGCCAUCCCAGUCUUGGGCCCGUUCCAGAACGGAUGCCUAACAAAACGAUUGGGACACUCGAGCUAAGCCUACCACUGCCAUUCCGCUGCGUGUAAUGAAGAGCAAGACUAAACCUGAAGCAUGAUAAUCUCGUACUUCUCGUAGUUCUACAGGCAAUGAUGAGCAGUCACCAAUCUGAUUGAUUAUGAAGUUCUUCCUUCAAGUAUGCAUGGACACCAAACUUGAACAGCAACAGUCUCGUUGUACAGUUGUACUCAUGUUUCUGCGAUCUCCAAGUUCAUUUUUUUGCAUUAAGACUUUUUCCCGUGAUGAGCAAUGCUGGCCAACUAUAAUUCCGAUUACCGGAUUCGUCCUGGGGGUGUGGACACUUCUUUCACAGCUUUGCACGAUCGACCUUUGCCUGUUCAUUCAGUAUUCAGUAGAGAUAGGUGAAGGCCGGGGGUAAUAACUAGAUGAGAGAGGCUUCAGUGCACCCUUGGCAUGGCAAAGUUCACAGAUCAAAUGUGAAGUCCCCUUCGCAUGGAGUGGCUGACAACUGCGGCAUUCCCCAUCCUCACCGUAGCGAGGUACAGCAAGGGUACAGUGGGAGUCAAGCAAGGGUACAGCCAGGGUACGGUGAGGGUACAAUGACGGUGCAGAUAGGAUUCAGCAAGGUUAAAUGGGUACCAAGGGCACACCAAGGGUACAAGAAGGGUAUGAAAAGCAGUAAAGGGCAUGGCACCAGUGUAAGAAUGGAAGCCAGAAGAGCAGUAGAAGGAGGGUACAUGUGUAACGAACUGUGUGGAGGCUUUUUAGGGGUGCAGCUUGUGAGGGGUUGAGAUUUUUAGGGGUGCAGCAAGGUACAGAAAGGGGACAAGGAUGCGUCUAAACCACGGUAUAGGGACAGUACAAGGAGGGUAUAGGAGUGGUACACAAAGGCUACUGCAAGGGUAUGAUAAGGUUACAAAAAGGGUCAGCUAGUGCACAAGGGUGCAGCAAGUGCGUAGAAACAAUUAUGGACGCGCAUAUCUAGGGUAUAGUGAGGUUGUGGCAAGAAUGCAAGGUACAUUAACCCUACAGAUGAAGCUUAGUAGGAUACUGAGAUGGAACAGCAAGGGGAAGCAAAACAUCAGGCAAUAUGACAGUUUCAGUGCAAAACUUGCUGAAAAUAACACCCCCUGUUAACCACUUUUGCAAAGGUCUGGCAAGGGUACAGCAAGGGUAUAUGCCACUAUGGUGCACAUGGACCGCAUGAUGGACUUGGUGGAUGGUAAGUGUGGCUAGGCCAUACCAUUGUGAUACCAUUGUUGUACCCUUGGCAUACUCUUUCUUUAUGGUGGCAUUGAACCUCCUGCCUCCUGGUGAGGAAACAAAAUUCCAACCUUUGU